UUUUUCUCUCUUUAUCAUGUCUCAAACACGCGUCAAAAGAUGGGUUCCACUUGAGGCUAAUCCAGAGGUCUGGAAUAAGAUAAUUCAUAAACUAGGUGUCAGUCCUAAAUACAACUAUGUUGAUGUUUAUGGAUUUGAUCCUGAAUUGUUGGCCAUGAUACCAGCACCUGUUGAAGCCAUGAUUUUUUUAUUUCCUCUUACUGAAACAUAUGAAAAAUACAAAAGUGAAGAAGCAGCUCGCCUUCUCGAACAUGAACAGAACAUUGACCCUGAAGUUGUAUUCUUUAAGCAGACCAUUGAAAAUGCAUGUGGCAUGAUUGCAUUGUUACAUUCUAUUGCAAACAGUCAAGAAGACAUUGCAGGCUCUGGCUUGUUUCAUGAUAUUAUCGAGAAAGCAAAAGGCAUGUCUGUUGAAAAACGAGUAGAUCUUUUAGAAAACUGCGCAGAAUUAGCUACUGUUCAUGAAUCUGCUGCAAGUCAAGGCCAAACUGAGGCUCCUGAUAAAGAUGAUGAUAUUGAUCUUCAUUUCAUUUGUUUUGUCAAAGUGGGCGAUCAUUUAUAUGAAAUGGAUGGUCGUAAAUCGUUUCCUAUUUAUCAUGGCAAAUGCACAAAUCUUGUUGAGGGAGCUGUUGAAGUUAUGCAACAAUUCAUGGCCAGAGAUCCAGAAGAAUCCAACUUUAGUGCUAUUGCUCUUUGCAAAACAGAGAAUGAAUAAGUAUUGAACUCUCGCAUGAAUAAAAUAUCUAAGACUUAAUCAUUUAACAUGC